AUGAAGACCUAUUACUAAACAGAGAAUCCAAAAAUAAUCUAAAUGAUUAACGAAAACUAAUUCUUAGUGAAUUCUUGGUUUCAAUAGAAUGCAACGGAAGUAAAUCAAUUAGAGACAUUAGCUGAUGAAAUAUUAAAAAAUUGUAGCUACUUAAGUCCUUUAUUAAGAGCAAUUGGAUAUCAAAACCAAUUAAAUUUACCUUUUAGUAAUUAUUCAAGAAUUCCAUAUUAAUAAAUUAUCUAAUCUACAACUUAAGAUGGCAUACUUUUCUCUAACUUUUUGAACUCAUCUCUUUCUACAGUAGAUGAUCCUAAUUGUUAUAAAGGUAUAUUCAAAUACGAUCCAAGAUGCAGAUUUUGGUAUAUGAAUAAUUUAAAUUAGACUUCUUUCUUGAUGAAUCCUCCUCUGGUAUCCGUAGGGAGAGUAACACCUUAUUUAUCACAAUUCGGAUGUUAAAAAAUGCUGUAUUAUAAUUCUACAACAAAAAAAAUACAAACUUAUAAAGUAUAGUGCUUAGAAGCUAUGCUUACAAAUAUAUCAAAUUAUUUUGAAAAUGUUAUUCAAUCUUCCAAAUAAUACUAUAUAAUUGAUCCUAGGACUUUGUCAAUCUUAUAUAAUUCUAAAAAAGAAUAUAAUUAUUCUUCUCUCUAACAAACAGAUAAUUUUUAUAAUGAAGAACUUUAAUAUUUGUAGAACAAAACUUAAUCAUAAUAACUUUUUAAUAUAAUAAACUAAAAUUUUAACAAAUGGACAUUUCUCACUCAAAAUAACUAUACAAGCAUCUAAUAAAUGAUAGAUUUAUGCAAAAAAAAUAUCAUUAUUGAUUAUAAUAGGAACUCUUCAAUUUACAAAGUGAUUAUAAAUCCAGUUAUAAGCUACGAUGAUAUUCCAAAACAUAUCAGUAAGUACUCUAAAAUAGAGGGUUAAUAAUUGCAAUAUGCUUAUCUAUAAAUUAAUAUGAUUUCUGAUGAGGAUUUAAAAGCUUAAACAAAUUAAUUGAUUUAAUUUUCUUCUCAAUUUUUUUUGAUAAUUUAGAUUGGUUUAGGUGUCUUGGCCAUAAUAUUUUUAUUUAUAUCAGCCUAUUAUGCUCUUUAAAUAGCCAAUUUAAUUACUUAGCCUCUUAUUUACUUGACUAAAGUUUUAAUUGAUAUCAAUGAGUUAAAUAAAAUGAUGGAAAUAUCUGAAGUUAUAAAAGACUUGGAUAGAAAUUCAGAUGAAUUAUUUCUUUCUUUAGAAACAUAACUACUUUAUAGAAGUUUUUUUGAGCUUUUUGAAUGCGUUUAAUACACAUCUGAAAAUUUUUUUGUGAAUAAUUAAGGACAAACUUUAUUAGAAUUAAGUAAAAAAGUAAAUUUUUUUAGAAAGUUUGAAAACAAAUCAGCUGUUGGAAUCAUUCAUAAUAACAUAGGAAAUAUUUUACUGAAUUAAUAGCAUUAUUUCUAAGCUUUAGAACAUUUCUCACUAGCUGUCAUGUAUGCCAAGUAUGAAAUUUAGCAAUUUUAUAAUGAUAACAACAUUAACUAUUUAUUUGAGAAUAUCUUUUCACUAUAUUAAUUUAAUGAAACCAACUCUGAAAAAUACAAAAAAAUGAAUCAUUAAGAAUGCUAAAUUUCAAAAAUUUCUAAUUUUUCUAUCAAGAAAAGAAAUUCUUCUAUUUCUCAAACAAAGAAUCAUUCAAAAAUCAAUGCUUUCAAUUAUGAAUAGUCACCAAGUAAUUAAUAUUUUUAAAGAAAUUCUGAAGCCUUUUCUGUGAGUACUCCAUAAUAAUUGAUACCAAAAGAAAAAUUUUAAAAUAGAUAAAAAAAUAAACUUUUUUUAACUAAUGAAAUUAAUGAUUAAAAUUUUUAAUUUCAAUAAUUAAAUAGAUAUUACGAAAAUUAGGAAAAAUAAAAAUAGUUUUUUGAUUUAAUAGAAAGCUUAAAGUCACGUAUUUACAAUUAUAUAAUAAGCUUGAUAGCUUUCUAAGAGAAUUUAGAAAAGAAUUAAAUAGAUUUAAGGAGUUAUAAUUUUUGGCCAGAAAUAAGAUAACUAUUAAAUGAUUUAAUUCAAGUUUAGUCUUUCCUUCCUACAAGCGAAAGUGCUUAAGCUUUGCAUUUAUGUUUAGUUUCAAAAAGUAGUUAUAGAUUAUUUUAAUAUAACGAAGCUGAGUAAAAAUAUUAAGAAGCCAUGCAGAUUAUAAAUAAGGAAAGAAAAUAAAGUAAACAGCUAAAUUUAGAAAAUGAACCUAAUUCUUUAUUAGAUUCUAAAUAAGUAAAUACUAAAAAGCAUAAAGACAAGAUUUAUCUAUAAAACUAAAAAAUUUAAAAUAAGGAAGAAAAUUUCACACAAAUGGAACUUGAAGAGUUAGCUAAACAGUAAUUUAAGCAAUUAAAUUUUAUAGGAUAGAAUUAUUCUAAAAUAGAAUAAUCACCUGGAACUAAUAAGUUUGAGAAAAUAAAUUAAAAUUAAAAUAUUUCUAACUUUCUAUCAGCUAAUAGUCCUGAUUUUGUAAGUAAUAACUCAAAAUUUAAUUUUUUUUCAUCUAAAAACUAACAUUAAACCAAUAGUAUGAACAAUAAAAACUUAAAAUUAUUUUCAAAUAAAAACAACUAUAAUAAUUUGGAUUAAAGCUUAAGCUGCAGUAAAAGAAUUUCUGUACAGAGUGAAAGAUAUUAAAUAGUUAACAGAAUAUUACAAAAAGAAAUUGAAAAUUAAAGUUUUAAUAAUUAUACAUAUCAAUUGAAAGUACCUUCUCUAGAUUUAGUAAUAGGAUAGUAAAUGGUUUAUGUCUCAUAUGCCUUAUAGAAUAGUUGA